AGCAUGCACUUUGCCAGUCACAAGGAGCCAUCAUUAACGAGUGCUCUGGUAGGAAGCAUAAUUUAUAGAGAAGCUAGCAAGUUCUGAGGAAGAGGGGAUUUGUUUAACACGGACAGCAAACCACUAUCUUUGAGCAGCUUGUCCUUUUAAGCAUGUCGAGAUCCAGUCCUUUUAGUUUCACUUCAGUGAUCUCCAAAACGGGAACCUGGUGUUUGCCACUAUUCCAGCUGGUGCUCUCCGACCCACCAUGUGAAGAAAAUGAAAUGUACAUAAACUAUAAAAACCAAUACCCGAAUGAUUGGUAUAUCUGGUUCUUGCUCCUCAUUUUCCUGGUGGUUCUGCUCUGUGGAGCAGUGCUCUUCUGCCUUCCCUGCUGGCUGAGGAGAUGCGGCAUCGGUUCCUCAAAUCGCACCGUGGCUGUUUUUGCUGUCGGCGACUUGGACCCUGUUUAUGAGACAGAAGCAGCUGUGAAUCCAGCUGUUGGAAUGCACCUUCCAGCUCAAAAACCUGAACUGUAUCAUAUUUCAGGUUUCAACACUUUAGGAACUCCUCCUCCAUAUGAAGAAAUCCUGAAAUCAAGCCAACUUUAGAUAUGGAUCAUCAAUUGAAAAUAUUAGAAAUAUUUUAAGACCAAAAUUGGGGACAAUUUUUCUCAUGUAGUGGGAAUUCAUAGACAUUGAUUAAUAUAGCCUUGGAAAAGACAAAUAGACAAAACAAUGAAUGUAGGGGGAAAUUUUUGAUCAAGAACAUAUCUUAGUAGUAUAUAUGGACUCAGUGGAUAACAGCUGUGUUACAUUUUUUUUUUUACUAUAAUCUAAGUUAAUGUUUCUCCAUCAAUACUCAUAGACAGUAAUUAAUACGCAGUGAUCUCAAUUAAGUUUAGGAUUUCACUCUAGCACACAACUUUCUCUGCCUAAAUAUUUGUUUUAAUAUGAUCUUUCUCCCAGUGUGGAGUCAAUAAAAAUUGUCAUAAUUUUAACAAUAACUCAAACAGAGAUUCAGACACAUCAAGAGCCAGAAUCAGAAAGGGAAAAACAAAAAGUUGGAAUAAAUUCUCAAAAAACAGUUAGACUAUGGAUAAUGCAAAUAAUUAGUGUUGAAUUGUAAAAUGGGUGUUAUUCAUAUUGACAGACUAGGCAGAGAGGGAAAGAGUGUGUGAAGGAAGGUGGCCGAAAAUAAUGAGAAAGCUAAAUCCUGAUUUCCUAUUGUGGGAAGUCAAUGAAUAAUACCUAAAAUUAAAACAAAAAUCAUGAAAUAAUGAAAAGUACAUCAUUUGGAAAUUAGAUCACAAAUAUCUGAAGCAAAACACUCAAAAGUUGAGAAUAACUCCCUUAAGAAAUCAGCUUUAGAGAUAAUGUUAUGUGGGAUUAGGUGGAGCAGAAUAAUGCUGUGUGUGUGUGUGCGCGUGUGUGUGUGCGCGUGUGUGUGUUUAUAAUAAGCCUUUAGUACUAUUUAACUUCUAAAAUUAAAUGCAUGCAUUACUUUAAUUAAAAAGAAAUAUAAAAUUAAACAAAUAAAUUUUGACUAAGUGAUAGCUUACAAUUGAAGACAAACAGGAAACCAUGCUAUCGAUAUAUGGAAGAAUAAAAUGUUAACAGUAAAUGUGUUUAAGUAGGGGACUGCAGGUGACUUAAUAUUUUAUUCAUUUUUGCGAAUUUUUGUUCAUAUCCUGUAAGUUAUGUAUGUUAAAAUCCGUUCCAGUUACGGAACCGUUUGGGGUUAUAAUUAACACCUAGAAAAGUGUAAGCAUAUCUGGAAAUGGAACUAAUGAUUCAGCAGCUGGAAUUGUCAGAAGUUAGUUCAUGUCUGAGUUGAAGUGAUUGGAACUGAUUUUUAAGACAGCUGCAUUUAUGUGUCAGAACAAGUCUAAGAAAACUACAUGUGUGGCCUCUAGUGGCUUGGUUUAUUUAUCCAGAUGAGGAAGGAAGUGUGGGGACAGGGUUUAAGCAGGUGGAUAGGGCUGGUAACAAAAACACUUUGUUUUCAUAGAAAUGUUUCUAACAAAGAUCUCUUAUUAAGUACCACAGGUACUAUCUAAGAAAUACUGAAUAACUAUUAUAUGUUAAUUAUUGUA